AUGCGCAUCCACGAGGAAGGAAUUGAUCUUAGCCCCGACACACCUAACACAUCCAGCACGCCUACCAUGCCUGGUUCCGCCUACACCCCGCCGCCCAGCGUGGACACCUCCACCAACCCCACCAGCUUCGAAACCGGAACUUCCAUCGCCGACUUCUCAUGUCAACACUGUCCCCGUACAUUCACCUCACACAUCGACCUCCUCGUUCACUCGCGAAUCCAUCGCACAGAGACUGGCAAACCAGUGCCUGGAGCACCAAGCUACGCUCACCGCAUUCGCCUCCACUGUCCACAUUGCGCUCGCACAUUUAUUCACCGCAUGGGUCUAUUAGGCCAUAUGCAGAUCCACGAAAAACUGCGAUUGACUACCGCCGGCUAA